AUGAAUAUAACUGUGAAUGCAACAGGCAACAUCUCCUUUGUUAGCAAUGGGGGCCAUGCUGGUCCAUGUGUCACAUCAGGAUGCCGUGCUGUAGCGGUUAUCAUCUCACUUAUAGCCAUCCCAGGGGCUGUUGCGAACGCCCUCGUGUGUGUUCGGGUAUGUGCUGACCCGCGGUUAAGGACGCCAACAUUCACCGCACUUGCUGCGCUUGCUUUCGCCGACUUCCUUUUCAUUCUUCUCAAAUACAACAGUGUUGUCGUGCUCCAUUUCUUUUACGACGGGUUUACCAAUGCGCCUCUCUACCUCCUCGUUAUGGAUUCCCUUGCAACUAUAUGUGGUGCGUCUUCCGCUUAUCAUGUUGUGCUUUUGUACUCGUUUCGGUAUUUCAAACUUGUUUAUCCUCUGAAAGGAUAUUUGUGGUUUACAGCGAAGAAGAUUUUAGCCAUUUCCGGUGGAGUGUGGUUGGGAUGUGGUAUCUUUAUUUCCGCUUAUAUUGUGACUGUAUAUCUCAUGGCGGCAUCACAUCCGGUUUUGGCGUUUGUUUUCAAUAUCAUCACUACCAUUGUGAUGGCUCUAUUUCCGCUACUAAUAAUACUUAUACUACAUUUCAUGAAAACAGCCAAACUUCGUUAUUCAAUUGCAGCCACGCGCGCUGACGUCACAAGGAUAAUGUCCCGUAUGGUGACGGCCAUCGUUAUAGUGUAUAUCAUAACGACGACACCUGCGAACAUUCGAGAUAUUGUUUCCCUCGGAUUUCACCCUAUGGAUUCACCGUCAUUCCAUGUGUUUGAAGAAGUGUGUCGUGUGCUGAUGUUUGUUAAUUUUGCGGCAAAUCCAUUCAUUUAUCUUCUGUUUUCAUCACAAUUCCGACAGAGUGUUGUGUCCUGUAUUAUUUGGUAA